AUGGACGAAGAACCCACGAUCUCGGCGGCCGACCGCAUUCGCGAGUUGAGCGCGAUCAACCAAGACAUAUCCGUCAUGCUCGAGGCCGCAGGUAACGCCAUCAAUGUCCUCUCCAACCGCCAAUCCACGGCCGAGGAUAUCGACAUGGACGAAGAUGCCUCUAAUGCCGGCGAUGACGCGACAGCAGACGGUACACAGCGCAAAGCUUUCAAGGCGCACACCGAAACGUACUUUGUGACAUUGCAAGCUAUUUGCGCACGCUUAAAUCGUCAGGCUCACGCGUUAGAAGAGGCGGGUAUCAUCGCUGCGGAUGCGCCUAUAUUCACUCUCGCCGACGCAGGCAAAGGCGCCCCCGGAACGAAGCCUGGAACCAGCAACAAUGCUGAAGGCCUUCGAAUCAAAAACGGAGGCCUUGGCAAUUUCGAUGUCGGCUGGCUGAACAGUCGUGGAAAUAAAGUCGGCGCCGAGAAGGAGGGCGAAAUCAUGAAGGAUUUCAAAGUGCUGACAGAGAGGAUGUUGACCGAACACGGCUCUACGUCUGACGACGAGCUCGUGCUUGACGACGGCACCUGA